AUGGCUUCCAACGACUAUUACCAUUCAAAUAUCCCAAACCCACCUAGCUAUGACCAAGCUAGUCAUCAGCGGACAGAUCAAUACCCAUCAACGACUCCUAGUUACGGCUAUGCUAAUCAGAACACUCCCGCCCAUGACCCUUUGGCCCCUUACCACACCCGACACAGCGAUCAAUCCUUUAUAUCGGAUACUGGAUAUCCCGUCGCCGGAAGAGUCAGCAAUGGCGACCAUUACUCAGAAAAUAUCCCGCUGAAGGCGAACAAUCAGUUUGAAAAUAACAACCCGGAGUGGAUGCACGACCAGACUCGAUACCCACCUUACCCUCCUGUUGCGGGCGCUCAGCAGAGGGGCCGAUCAGGCCCAGGGAAUCGAAAAUUAGGAGGCUUCUUUCGAAAGAAGCCCGCCUGGAUGACUUGGCUCUUGACUAUAGUGCAGAUUGUGGUGUUCAUUGUGGAACUAGUGAAAUCAGCACAGUUGACAGGAUCCCCGAUUGAGACGAAGCCUUCAUUCAACCCCAUGAUUGGGCCCUCGCCCUAUGUCCAGAUCUGGAUGGGCGCUCGAUAUGACCCAUGCAUGAAAAACAUCCCUGGAGUUCAGAACGCAACCGAAACCAUUUACUGGCCGUGUCCUAACACUACAAGUAGCACUCCCAGUCAUUAUUGCACACUUUCGGAAGUAUGUGGCUUCCACGGGGUCCCAAACCCCCAUGUGGGAGGCACUCUUGAUGAGACACCAGCGCCAAAUCAGUGGUGGAGAUUUAUUGUUCCUAUAUUCUUGCAUAGUGGAUUCAUCCAUAUUGGAUUUAACCUGAUCGUGCAAAUGACCCUAGGUGCAGAGAUGGAGCGAAUGAUCGGCAUCUGGCGGUAUACUUUGACUUAUUUUGCUAGUGGCAUCUUUGGGUUUGUCCUCGGUGGAAAUUAUGCCGCACAGCUUCAACCCAGUGAUGGCUGCUCAGGUGCUUUGUUUGGUCUUCUCGCACUCGAAUUGCUAGAUCUGCUUUACGACUGGCCUAAUCGCCAGAAUCCGUGGGUCGAACUGCUUAUCAUGGUACUGGGUGUGGGUAUUUCCUUUGUACUUGGUCUCCUGCCUGGUCUGGACAACUUCUCGCAUCUUGGUGGGUUCGCCAUGGGUCUGGCAAUCGGUCUUACAAUUCUGCGUUCCCCUAAUAUCCUUCGCGAACGAAUUGGUAUGUCUCGCCAGCCAUAUCUAGCGAUGUCAGGCGGUGCUGGUGGCGCGGGCGAAGAUGAAGAAAACAGGAAAACUAGUUCCGUUGGAGAUUUCUUCAGGAGCAAGAGAGGUUUGAUCUCUUCCCCAGGAGAGGGAGAUAGCAACUCCAAGAAUCCGAUCACCUUUUUCAAGGGCCGGAAACCUUUAUGGUGGGCCUGGUGGUUGGUUCGGGCUGGUGCGCUGGUCGCUGUGUUAAUAGGCUUUAUUAUGCUCAUCAUUGACUUCUACAAAUACCCUUCAUCCAAUUGCUCCUGGUGCUACCGGCUAAGCUGUCUGCCUGUCAAUGGAUGGUGUGACCAGGACACACUGCAGACCACAAAUGCCACUUCAUCUUCAACUUGA